AGGUCUGUUUCAGCCUUGACCCAGCUUAAUUCCCCGCCAUGGAAAGUCAGAGAGUCCAGUCCUCUUACAGGAAGCGUUUCGGGCCCCAGGGUUCCGGCAGUGGCGGAGGGGGAGUCCGGAUCAGCAGCUUCUCUUCCGGCCGCCUCUCCCUCCAUGGCAGCCCGGCCCGCCAGCUCGCCUACUCCAGCCCCGUCUCCAGGCUCUCCCUGGGCUCGGCCGGGGACCGGCUGGACUUCUCAGCCGACUCCCUGCUGAAGGCCCAGUACCGGGAGACGCGCAAUAGCGAGAAGGUGGAGAUGAUGGGCCUGAACGAUCGCUUCGCCACCUUCAUCGAGAAGGUGCGCUUCCUGGAGCAGCAGAACAAGGUGCUGGUGGCGGAGCUGAACCAGCUGAGGGGGAAGGAGCCCAGCCGCCUGGGGGAGAUCUACCAGGAGGAGCUGAGGGAGCUGCGCAGGCAGGUGGACGGCCUCAGUGCCGGAAAAGCCCGGAUGGAGGUGGAGAAGGACAACCUGGCUUCAGACGUGACCACCCUCAAGCAGAGGCUGCAGGAUGAGAUGGGCCUCAGGCAGGAUGCAGAGAACAACCUGAACACUUUCCGACAGGAUGUGGAUGAGGCGGCACUCAACCGUGUUCAGUUGGAGAGGAAGAUCGACGGCCUGCACGAAGAGAUAGACUUCCUGAAGAAGAUUCACGAGGAGGAGCUGCGUGAGUUGCAGGAGCAGCUGAUGGUCCAGCAGGUCCAUGUCGAUCUGGACGUGUCUAAGCCAGACCUGACCUCGGCUCUGAGGGACAUCAGGGUCCAGUAUGAGUCCAUGGCCUCCUCCAACAUGCAGGAGACAGAGGAAUGGUACCGCUCCAAGUUUGCUGACAUGACCGAUGCUGCCAAGAGGAACGCCGAGGCGCUGCGACAGGCCAAGCAGGAGGCCAACGACUUUCGUCGGCAGAUGCAGGUGUUGACCUGUGACCUCGAGGCUCUCCGAGGAACAAACGAGUCCCUGGAGCGGCAGCUGCAUGAGAUGGAGGACCGCUUCUCCGUGGAGUCGGCUGGUUACCAGGAUACGGUGAGCCACCUGGAGGAGGAGACCCAGAUGCUGAAGGAGGAGAUGGCCAGACAUCUGCAGGAGUACCAGGACCUGCUCAACGUCAAACUGGCCCUGGAUAUAGAGAUCGCCACCUACAGGAAACUUUUGGAGGGGGAGGAAAGCAGGAUCACUGUGCCAAUGCAGAGCUUUUCCAACGUGCAGUUCAGAGAGAAUAUAGACACCAGGGUCCCCAUGGAGGCCCAUGUGAAGAAAAGUAUCUUGGUGCGGACUGUGGAGACUCGUGACGGGGAGAUCAUAAAAGAAUCUACAGCUGAACGGAAGGAUCUGCCUUGAUCUGAAGGACACUCACAGCUCUGGCAAAACCUGCCACGCCGUCCCCAGCAAUGCUUGGUGGACUUUGACUGGUUUUGAUCAUGACACAUGUUUUUUACCAGAUUUUUUUCUCAUCUCCAACUCCAAAGCCCCCCACAAUCACAACUAUCACACCAUCCCACUCCUGCUCCCCAUAUCAUCACAAGCCAUGCCGGUUCACCAGUAUAACAACACUACUGUCAAAUACUUAACGUUUUUAGAACGUCUACCAAAAAUAUUUUUUGUUACAUUAAAUAGGUGUUUGAUCCAUGUUAGAGAUAGGAAGUGUGCUGUGAGUACUAAGAAAGUUUACAGCGUUGUCUGUGUUCAAGAUGCACACAAUUUGUUUUUGCUUUCACUAACAGAACAGACUGUUCAACAGUUGUGUUGUUUUGAAAUAGUUCCAUGAGAGAAGGCCUUGGAAUGUAGUGCUGGAAUAGGCCUUGGAAUGUAGUUCUGCUUGAACCUGGUGCCAGGAUGAAGCUAUGUGGCUGACAUGUAUGUGGAAAGUGAGGAGGUAACUGCAGGCGCUGGAGGAAGCAGUGGUUGGGAUCGGACAAGACGUCUUAGACAGAGAAGAUGACAAGUGUGUAAAAGUGGUGAAUUAGGCAGAGCUGUUGUAGAACAUAGAAAGAUUUCACCCUAGUUU